AUGUCGAUAGACACAAUGAAAACUGAAGCGUUCAUCAUAAAGGCAAACGAUGUUGAUCAAAGAGAUGGACGAAUCAUUCAAAUGCAUGAAACUCCACAUAAUACUACGCGCAAAGAUGACACAUCAUGGGCAUCUAAUCUAAAGCUGGCAGUAGGCGCUCGUACUAUGUUCAUAGCGAAUGUAGAUGUUUCCGAUGGCUUAUGUAAUGAAGUGUCUGGAAUAAUUAAAGGAAUAGAAUUCUGCAAUUCCCAAAACAUGCCAACAGCUGUGUAUGUUAAAUUUGAUAGUGACCGUAUUGGAACAAAAGCAAAAGCUACAGAGUUCAUACCACCUCAUUAUGCAGGCUGUGUUCCUAUAAAACCACGCAAAGAGUCGUUUCAGCUUAAAGGAAAGACAUUUACUACCACAGGAGAACAGAUACCAUUGAAACUUGCAUGGGCUGUUACUAUCCACAAAGUACAAGGCCAAACAACCGAUCAAGCUGUGAUUUCUUUGAAAGGUCGAAAAGCACCAAUGGCCUAUGUAGCACUAAGUCGAGUUACUCAUCUCAAUGGAAUAUAUUUGCUAGAUUUUAAGGACUCUAACAUCUUUUUCAAUCCACAUAUUGCUGCUAAUCUCGCACUCAUGUCUAUAUGUAAAGCUAAUCCUUUAAUAGAAAUCGAUCAUAAUAAAUAUUUCAUUGUAGCUCAUCACAACAUUCAAAGUUUACACAGACAUAUAAAAGACCUGAAAAAAAAAUCAGAAAAGCCCAUGUGA